CGUUGAAAGCGGGGCACCGUUCACAGGGGAAAGAAACCUGAGCAUGGACAUCGUCAUCAGGCCAGGAGCCCUCACGAACGCAUCUUCUCCGGGGUACCGCAACAAAGGAAUACUCCUCGAUGUCACACACGCAGACCCGCAAGCACAGGUACACUUGCGGAACGGCAGCGCGACCAGCGAUGGAACCGCAGCCCAAGCAUCCGAGGCGCGAAAGCGUCAGCACUACGCUCGUCCGGGACACGUGUCCUUUGACGAACGCAGCUUUAUACUUACCACCUUAGCCGUGGAAAGCUUUGGCCGCCUUGGAGAGGAGGGUUACGAGCUCAUCGAUGAACUUGCGACACAUGCCGUGGGAGGAAGGGACGGAGGAACGAUGGCUCUGAAAGGAGUCUUCAAGGAACGACUUCUUCAGAUCGUUUCGGUGGCUACACAGGUGGCCAUAUCUCGGCGAGUGCAGAGGUACAAGCUCGCAUUGCGCGGGCGUCAAGACGCCGAAAACAGGCGAACAAGAUCGACCUCGGACCAGUCAACGCCAAUGAUAUGGGGAUGGAGUGUAGACGCAUCGUAGAACGCGUUUCGUUUGAAGUUGGCGUCUUGUUUGAGAGUAGAUGUGACAGAUUUGCGUAGAAUAGGGUAAGAUGUUAUCAUGAACGGAGAAGAAAGGGCUUUUCCAACACGAAGAUGUAGCAUGGAUCAAAGCAUUUGUUGGAUUUCAGCUUUUACAAGAGGACAUCAACGCAGUAGUAUUUUAGCAAGCUUACGAACGCAUAGAGGAUACCAUGAGGAUUGUCAUUUGUUUUAUUUCAAGUUGAAGAGAUAUUUUUGCGAUGUAAGUGACAGUGAAAAUAAGUCCUGCAUAUGUUGUUGUACUUCGCAUUGGUUUAAUAUUCAUGUAGAGUAUGAGACAUUAAGUGAAAGUUUUCUGAGGUACAGCUGCAAUUGUCGGAAGGCAAAAAAAAAAAGA